UUUUAAAUGUAAGUCAGUUGGAAAAGAAAGUGUCUCCAAUGUCAAACAACAAAAAAUACUGUGUUAGUAGCUCAACACAAAUUGGUGACCAAUAGAUCGGAAAGGGGGUUGGGUAGCAUUUGGAAAAGGCAGUUUUUUCCCUUAUAAUUUUAAAAUAGACGUUUAAUUCAAUAAUAAGGCAAAUCAGUAGUUGAAACGGACGACUGAGUUGUUGGCUCUAAUACAAUUUUAUCUUUACAAUGAUUUCAUCAAUUCCCCCCACUGAUUUUGCCUCACAUACACACCAAUGAAUGUACCAACCCGUACGCAUUUGGCAGCUAGCCCGCAUUAGAGGGUGUAGGUACAACCGAACAGACACAGUGGCGAAGCAAGAAUCAGAUCCGAUUCGCUGCAGCUUCACACGUUGCGCAGAGAGAGCGACGUCGGGUCGUCCUGGGAAUGAGUCCCGCCGGCAGCCGAGGUUGUGGGCUGUGAUUCAACGGGUGAAGAUGGCCAAGCGAGUCGCUAUCAUUGGGGCUGGAGCCAGUGGGCUAGCAUGUAUAAAAUGCUGUUUGGAUGAAGGCUUGGAGCCUGUAUGCUUUGAAAAAAGCAACGACAUUGGAGGGCUCUGGAACUUCCAGGAAGAAGUGUCAGAUGGGAGAGCUAGCAUCUAUAAGUCGCUGAUCAGCAAUACCUCGAAAGAGAUGAUGUGCUACAGUGACUUCCCAUUUCCUGACGAUUGUUCAAACUAUAUGCAUCACUCCAAAGUUAUGGAGUAUUUGGUCCUUUAUGCUACACAUUUCAAUCUGAGGAAGUAUAUACGAUUUGCGACCAAUGUCUGCAGUAUUACACAGCGGACAGAUUUCUCUACCACUGGACAGUGGGAUGUAGUGACGAGCGACACUGAGGGAAAUUUGGAAACGACUACCUUUGAUGCUAUUUUGGUCUGUAUCGGUCAUCACGCUGACCCUCAUUUACCUCUGGAUACAUUUCCUGGCAUAGAAAAGUUCAAGGGUCAAUACAUACAUAGUAAAGAUUAUAAAGAACCCUUAAAAUUCGAAGGGAAAAGAGUGGUAAUAAUUGGAAUUGGGAGCACUGGGGGCGACCUUGCAGUUGAAAUCAGCCAACAUGCGAAACAGGUGUUUCUGAGUACAAGAAGGGGUAACUGGGUAAUUAAUCGUGUGGCUGAAAGAGGAUACCCUACUGACAUGAUGCAUAACCGUCGCAUUUAUAGCCUGUUUUUUUCACCUUUAACUGCCUCACUAAUGCAGAGAAAGCUAAACAAUCGAUUUGAUCAUGCAAACUAUGGUUUGCAAUCUACCCACAGUUUAUACAGCCAACAUCCAACAGUUAAUGACGAUUUGCCAAAUCGCAUUUUAUCCGGACGUGUUCUUGUGAAACCUAACGUGAAGCAGUUCACUGAAUCAGCAGCCAUCUUUGAAGAUGACACUGUGGAAGAUAUUGAUGCUGUUAUUUUUGCAACAGGAUACAGUUUUGCUUUCCCAUUUCUGAGUGAGUCUGUCAUCAAAGUUAACAGAAACCAUGCUGCUCUUUAUAAGAAUGUCUUUCCACCUCAGCUGGAGCAGCCGACUCUAGCCAUCAUUGGCCUUAUCCAGGCAUUUGGAUCCAUUAUACCAGUAUCUGAAAUGCAGGCUCGUUGGGCCACAAGGGUGCUUAAAGGCUCAGCUACACUACCCUGUGCUAACAGCAUGAUGGCAGAAAUAUUGGAGAAAAAAGAACAAAGGGUCAAAAGAUACGUCAGCUCCCAAAGGCACAAGAUUCAAGUCGAGUUCAUACCCUACAUGGAUGAGAUAGCUGAGCUGAUCGGUGUAAAACCCAACAUCAAGCACCUCCUCCUCACUGAUCCACAGCUGGCAUUUCAAGUUUUCCUUGGCCCCUGCACACCUUUCCAGUUUCGAUUGAUGGGACCUGGAAAAUGGCCAAAAGCCCGGGAAACCAUCUUGACACAGUGGCACCGCACCAUCAAGCCCACUAAAACGCGUGUGGUUCCCAGUGGUCAGCAAAAUGCCUCUUGGCCAAUCCUGCUGAAAUUCUUGCCCAUACUGGUGGCACUCUGUGCUGUUUAUCUAUUUCUCUAUUAGUCAAGCUCGGCUUCUGUUGCCAAGCCAAAUAACAAUGGAGAUUGUUUCGCAUCCAAUCGUUUCAAACGAACUGUAACUAAUUAUGUUAUUGAUGACACUUUGAAAGAACUCAAGUGCCUUGAAUGAAACAAACCUGAGGUUUGGUUCUAUUGUUUAUAUUGAAUGGAACAUCUUGCCAAGAAACAGUCUUGCUCAUUCAAUGAGCAAAAUGUGCCUUUUUUUCAUAAUCACUAAUUUUAAAAAUGUCCUUUUAUCAUUCAGGAACUGUAAGUAUAUAGCUGGGCAUUUAAGUAAAUGUGAAUCAUAUAGGCAUCCGUUAGUCUCGUAGGACCAUGAACUUGUGCCUUGGAAGGUUUCCAGGGCGCAGGCCUGGGCAGGGUUGUAUGGGAGACCGGCAGUUGCCCAAGCUGCAAGCCUUCCCCUCUCCACGCCACUGAUGGUGUCCAAGGGAAGGGCUUUAGGAGCCAAGCAGCUUGGCACUGUUGUUAUCGCAGAGCAAUGUGGUGUGAAGUGCUUUGUUUAGUGUGUUGUUGAGUGCUCACAACAAGUUACCGCAGCUGAGGCUCGAAUGUCACUGACGCUCGAACCAGUGACAUUCAGGUUAUUGGUCCAAUGCCUUAUCCGAUGCCACACGCCAACACUAUGAAUCAAACGCUAUUUUAAAAUGCUCAGACAACACUAACUUGAGUGACUGAGGGAUCUGCACUCCAUUUUGAGUUUGCAAUUUGGAAAUGAAAGAGGUGAAAAAGUGUGAUCUUGUCUGACUAUGGAAAAAUACUUCUUCACAGAAGUUGUGCGUUAUCCCAGAAGUGGAAGUUCGUAAUCUUGUAUCAAAAUACUCAACUCAGUGUUGUUGGCUACACUUAAUUAUCAAAUUUAAGGCUGAGGCAUGAUAGAUCAGUUCUUCUCAUGCCCUGACCAAUAUUCUUCACUCAACUAAUGGCAAAUCAUUCAGUUUUAUCCUAGAAAUUUCUGUUGUAUUUGGAGGGAUCUACCUGUGAUUUUAUUAAAAGUAGGAAUGCUUCUUUGUUGCGAGAGAGUGCUGGAAGCUUGUUUGGGUUAAAAUUUACUGAUAACAAGAGUUGUAUUCCUUUGUAAACCAAUUGGGAUUAAUGUUGUUCUUUCUUCUGAGUCUGUAAGCUAUUGUUGGCGGGCUUUUGGGGAGAUCGGUGCGAGGGGGUGAGAAAGAGAGGACACAAUGCUGUAAACUGGGCGAGGAACAGACCCUAAGUGGGGGUCCAAGGUCAGGAGGUACCCCGAGGAGAGGAGACAAAGAUAGAUGUGCUUAGUUGACCACUUCAGGUGGUCCUAAGCUGCGAGUUGAGGAGGUCUGAGGGUAUCGACUGGUGGCCAGAAGACUUCAGUAAUUGAGCUCCAACGGUUGUGCACGAAGUGGUUUGGACUUUGAUAAGUUUGCCGCCUUUUCUUUAUUUUUUUUCCCUUCAUAUAUACUGUAUCGUUAUUAAUCACUUAGUUAUAGUAACCUUUAUAAAUUGUACUCAUUUAAUCGCA